GUUUUAUCUUUGAUAUUUAGUUAUGGUUGAUGUAACUUUACAUGUUUACAUUUUCAAUAGAUUCUGAUGGCUAUGAAUUCAUCAUUGUUUCACUUGACAAUAAGCAGUGGCAUUUUGAAGCUACUAGUACUGAUGAUAGAGAAGCUUGGGUGAGUGCCAUUGAACAACAGAUUCUCAACAGUUUGCAGGGUAAUGAAAGUAGUAAGUCAAAGACACGUCUUAAUAAUCUGGUUGAUACUGCAUCAAUUCAAGCUAUUCGGACAAGCAUACCAGGAAAUACUAAUUGUGCUGACUGUGAUGCACCCAAUCCAGAUUGGGCCAGUUUGAACAUUGGAGCAUUAUUAUGCAUUGAAUGUUCAGGAACUCAUCGUAAUUUAGGAUCUCAUAUAUCUAGGAUUAGAUCAUUAGAUUUAGAUGAAUGGCCACCUGAACAUAUCAGUGUCAUGAUGUCAUUAGGUAAUACUAUAGCUAACAGUAUAUGGGAAGGGAAUAUUCGUGGAAGAGCCAAGCCUACUCCUAAUUCUAGCCGAGAAGAAAAAGAAAGGUGGAUAAGAUCUAAAUAUGAAUUAAAAGAAUUCUUAGCAUCAACAAAUUCUUCUAUGACAAUUGGACAGGUGAGAUUUUACUACUUAAAAAAUUUUAAAUAGCAAAUUAUAAAUGCU